AUAGAAACCCAACAUUUAUUCUCAAACCGAACCAAUCACUCUAGCAAACGGACAAUAUAAGGGAGAGAGAGUAGACCAAGCAAGAACCUUUUGCUUUUUAUAUCUCUCUCUCUCUCUCUCUCUCCUCUCUGUGUCUUGUUUCAUAAAAGAGUUCGAUUCUCUCUUUCUUUCUUUUUCAUCUUUUCUGAAAAUCGAGCUCUCUUUACUGUGCCUCAUCUUUCUCUCUCUCUCUUUUACCUCUUUCUCUUUUACUCUCUAGAGAGUGAAUUAGCUGAGAAAGAGUGAUAUGGGUUUGAAAUGGCUGUACCGAUGAUAAUGGCUCAGCAAAGUAUGCCUAACAAUGCAGACAACCACCAUUACAACCAGGAAAACCAACUAGCUAAGCCCAUGUUUCAUGACUUUUUUGGGACGAAGCCCAACGAUUCUCCCGUCGUUUUGGGCUCAGCUUCAAAAACCGCAGCCGAUGCCAGACUCUCCGAGGCCUCACCGUCGGCUUCUGCUUCCUUCGGGGCUUCCUCUGGUGGUGGCCGUGGGCCUAUCUCCACCACCUCUGAUCUGGGUUCGGAGAGACGGCCAGUAAGUCAUCUGGAAGGAGUUCCAUUUUAUGGUCCAAGAAGUGAUAUAUCUGGGCCAGAGAUAAUAAGUAACAACAAGAUAGUGGGAAGUAAGAGAAGUAAUUCAGACUCUACCUUCAUGGGGUCAUCCAGAGAUGGGAAUCCUCAAAUGGGACCUGACUCUCUUGAGGGAUCGCAUUUGAUGAAGUUACUUAGAAAUGGAGCAGGGGGAGACAGACCGAGAAGAUUGAAUGAUGAUGACAUGGUCUUUAGUUUACAACAAAUGAGGCCUAGUUCUGCUUCUCUCAUAUUUCAGCCUCCUUCGGGGAUUUCCAAAUUGGACCGGUCGAUUCCCCUUAAUGCGAUUCCGGCAGUACAGUAUCCUCCCCGUGGAGGUCAUUUUGUCCCUAUGGUCCCUCAAAUACCUUCUAACAGAUUCAGAGAUGCCAAUGCCGGUCCUUCAAAUAUCUCUCAUUCAGCUGCUGAUGAGGGAUCUAGAACUGGAAUAAAGGGCCCAGGAAUAUUGAGUUCCGUUAAUGCCAGUGCUGGUGUUUCUGAGAAAAAUGUGCCAGGGGCACUGCCAAGUGGUAGCAGGCAAAAGUGUCCCACUGUAAUUACGGAGCCAGAGUCUUCCACUCCCUCAAAUCGGCAUGGAUUUGCAGGUAAUCGGCAGAUGACUAUAUUUUAUGGUGGCCAAGCUCAUGUUUUUGAUGAUGUUCAUCCAAACAAGGCAGAUGUUAUAAUGGCCUUAGCUGGAUCAAAUGGAGGAUCUUGGUCAACAAACUACUCUCCAAAAUCUAAUGCGAGGCCGGCUGGUGAAGGUCAAAUCCCCAUUGGAGAUGUUGAAACUGGUAAUGCCAAGGCCAUGGCACUUCUGCGAGAAUAUCGUGGGAGAUUAUGUGUCCCUGGCAGUUCUAGUAGUCACGGAGUUGGGUUCAGUGACCGAGUAAUGCCGACACCAGCAGCAGGUGGCCAUCAGCUCGUCAGCACUGUAGCCAAAGACGUGAGAAACUCGGUUCAUGCUGGAGAACCAACUUCCAAAGAGAAAAAUGAGAUGUAAUGAUGUGAUGUUGUUGGGGAAGAGGCUUGAAAAGUGAUUGAAUCGUUCUAAAUGUUAUUAACAACCCUUUUGGGAGGGAGUAAAAAGAUAAAAAAAAAAAAAGAUUUUCUUUCACAUUAAACCUCUUCCCUCUUUUCUCUUCUAUUUUGAUUCAUAUUUCUGUUAUUUUAUAUUUAAUUUGCCUCCUAAUUGUAUGAUGACUUGACGAGUUAGGAGUAGAUGGGUUGAUUUUCUUGUUUAUAGAAACCCAAAGUGCUUAGUUGUAUUCCCAUUUUGGAUAUAAUGGAAAUUGAUCACUCUUCGGUUUGUGAAUGGAUUA